AUGAACCACUUGGAGGCGGCCGCGGAGGUGGAGGUGACGGACGAGGCGGCAGGCGGGGAGGUGAACGAGUCGGUGGAGGCCGACCUGGAGCACCCAGAGGUGGAGGAGGAGCAGCAGCAGCAGCAUGCGGGCCGCCCCCCGCGCGGGCGCGCCGUCGAGGACCUCCGCGCCCAGCCCGGGCCGCAGCAGCAGCAGCAGCAGCAGCAGCAGCAGCAGCAGCAGCAGCAGGAGGAGGAGGAGCGCGGGGAGUGCCUGGCGCGCUCCGCCAGCACGGAGAGCGGCUUCCACAACCACACGGACACGGCCGAGGGCGACGUGAUCGCCGCAGCGCGCGAGGGCUACGACUCCGAGCGCGCGCAGGACCCCGAGGACGAGAGCGCGUACGCAGUGCAGUACCGGCCCGAGGCCGAGGAGUACACGGAGCAGGCGGAGGCCGAGCACGCCGAGGCCACGCACCGCCGCGCGCUGCCCAACCACUUGCACUUCCACUCGCUGGAGCACGAGGAGGCCAUGAACGCUGCCUACUCGGGCUACGUCUACACGCACCGGCUCUUCCACCGCGGCGAGGACGAGCCCUAUGCCGAGCCCUACGCCGACUACGGGGGCCUCCAGGAGCACGUGUACGAGGAAAUCGGGGACGCACCCGAGCUGGACGCGCGCGACGGCCUGCGGCUGUACGAGCAGGAGCGAGACGAGGCGGCCGCCUACCGCCAGGAGGCCCUGGGCGCGCGGCUGCACCACUACGACGAGCGCUCCGACGGCGAGUCCGACAGCCCCGAGAAGGAGGCCGAGUUCGCGCCCUACCCGCGCAUGGACAGCUACGAGCAGGAAGAGGACAUCGACCAGAUCGUGGCCGAGGUCAAGCAGAGCAUGAGUUCGCAGAGCCUCGACAAGGCGGCCGAGGACAUGCCUGAGGCCGAGCAGGACCUGGAGCGCGCCCCCACCCCGGGCGGGGGCCGCCCGGACAGCCCCGGGCUACAGGCGCCGGCGGGGCAGCAGAGGGCGGCUGGCGGCGAGGCGGUGCAGCGGUACAGCAAGGAGAGGAGGGAUGCCAUCUCGCUGGCCAUCAAGGACAUCAAGGAGGCCAUCGAGGAGGUGAAAACCAGGACCAUACGCUCUCCUUAUACCCCCGACGAGCCCAAAGAGCCCAUCUGGGUCAUGCGCCAGGACAUUAGUCCCACCAGGGAUUGUGACGACCAGAGGCCGGUGGAUGGAGAUUCCCCGUCUCCUGGCAGUUCCUCACCCCUGGGUGCAGAGUCUUCGAGCACACCCCUUCAUCCCAGUGACCCCACGGAAGCCUCCACAAAUAAAGAGUCAAGAAAAAGCUUGGCUUCGUUCCCAACCUACGUCGAAGUUCCUGGACCUUGUGACCCUGAGGACUUGAUCGAUGGAAUCAUUUUUGCUGCCAACUACCUGGGCUCCACCCAGCUUCUCUCAGACAAAACCCCCUCCAAAAACGUGCGCAUGAUGCAGGCCCAGGAAGCAGUAAGCAGGAUCAAGAUGGCCCAGAAAUUAGCCAAAAGCAGGAAGAAGGCCCCUGAAGGUGAAUCUCAGCCAAUGACUGAAGUGGAUCUCUUCAUUUCUACCCAGAGAAUCAAAGUAUUGAACGCUGACACGCAGGAGACAAUGAUGGACCACCCUCUGAGGACCAUUUCCUACAUUGCAGACAUCGGGAACAUCGUUGUGCUGAUGGCCCGCAGGCGGAUGCCCCGCUCCAACUCCCAGGAGAACGUGGAAGCCUCCCACCCAUCCCAGGAUGGAAAAAGGCAGUACAAGAUGAUCUGCCACGUGUUUGAAUCUGAGGACGCUCAGCUGAUUGCACAGUCCAUCGGGCAGGCAUUCAGCGUGGCAUACCAGGAGUUCCUCAGGGCCAACGGGAUUAACCCCGAAGAUCUCAGCCAGAAGGAAUACAGUGACCUGCUCAACACCCAGGACAUGUACAACGACGACCUGAUCCACUUCUCCAAGUCGGAAAACUGCAAAGAUGUCUUCAUAGAGAAGCAGAAAGGGGAAAUCCUAGGUGUGGUGAUUGUGGAGUCUGGCUGGGGAUCCAUCUUGCCAACCGUGAUCAUAGCCAACAUGAUGCACGGAGGCCCAGCGGAGAAAUCGGGGAAGCUGAAUAUUGGGGACCAGAUCAUGUCCAUAAAUGGCACCAGCUUAGUGGGCCUGCCUCUGUCGACCUGCCAGAGCAUUAUUAAGGGCUUGAAGAAUCAGGCCCGGGUCAAGCUGAAUAUCGUGAGAUGUCCCCCAGUGACCACCGUGUUGAUCAGGAGACCAGACCUUCGCUACCAGCUGGGGUUCAGUGUCCAGAACGGAAUCAUCUGCAGCCUCAUGCGAGGGGGAAUAGCGGAGAGAGGAGGUGUCCGCGUGGGACAUCGCAUCAUUGAAAUCAAUGGGCAGAGCGUGGUCGCCACCCCACACGAGAAGAUCGUGCACAUCCUCUCCAAUGCUGUUGGGGAGAUUCACAUGAAGACGAUGCCGGCUGCCAUGUACAGACUGCUGACGGCCCAGGAACAGCCCGUCUACAUCUGA